CAUUUAAAAUAAAAACAUAUAAUAAAAACAAAAUAAUUAUAAUAAAAAAGGAAAAAAAAAUUAUAUAAUUAUGGCAUCCACAGAAGAACAAAUGAGAGCAAAACAAAUCGCCGCUGAAGAAAAACGAGAAAAUGAUAUAUACAAUAAUUUUGCAACACCACUGAUAGGAACUUAUCUAAAUUUACCGAAGGAGCCCGUGGUUAUAAAGUGUCCUUCGUGUGGAAUAACUGAACAAACACAAGUCGAGAACGAACUUAAAUGGUGGGCCAAUGAAAUAAAUCGAAUUUUUGGCUGCCUUUUUAUAACAUUUUGUUGUUGCUGCUGUUUUAAUUAUUAUUUUCCUUGUAAACAAACCGACCGAAAUCAUUACUGCAAGAAUUGUGGGUGCUAUUUUGGACGUUAUAUGAAACAUCGACACAUCACACCGAAGAAAAAAUAAGAUCAAUUGAAUUGAAGAAAAGUGGAAUUUUGUAUUUUAAAUGUUUUCCAAAAUGUUAAUUUUGAUUUAGUCAAAACAAAUUAAUAAAAAAAUC